AUGUCUAGUGAGUACGUUGCGCGAAAUGAAAAUUAUCCAAUUGAAAAAUCAGAUCGAGAAUCUCGAUGUCGUUCAGAGUUAGGAGAAGUACGAUGUCAGUCACAACAGACAUUUACUCUACCACCGAUUGCCAAUGGAAUUCAAACAUGUGUUCGGUGCAAACAACCAUUUCAUGUUAAUACUGCGGAUGACAAUAUUAAUAACAUUCCACGAAACGGUGCAAAACCCCGUACUCCAUCAAGUCGAGGAAGUGCUGGUCUGUGUAGAGACUGUGUUUCGUUUAAACCGUCGCAAUCAGUUUUAUUAGAACGAACACCGUCAAGCAGAUUAUUUAAAUCAGCCUCGAUGGAUUGGACAGAUGUUGGAGAUAAAAUAGAAACAUGGUUUGAGAAAGCGAAAACACCAGAUCAACGUGUCGUUUAUGGAUUUUUGGAAAAAAUAAAUAAUGACAAAGAACUUGAUAAAGCAAUUGAUCCAUCUCAUGGAAAAUCAUUAGAUGAUAUCUUAGACAAUCUGAAAAAAUAUCGUUCAAGAUUUGGACGUAAUCGUACAGGAAAAAAUGAUCGUUUUACACGCGUAUUUGAAUCGAGUAGUUGGCGAGUUAUGCGUCAUCAAUAUACACCACGUCAAUUUAGUCGUUAUAAUUCAAUUUAUGGUGAUGAUGCUUCAAGAGAUUUACGAAUGGGUUCAAUAUUUACUACAACGCAGAGAAAAAUUGGUUCCACAUUUCUGCUUCAUCCCGGUGGUCAAACAAAAUCGGCUAUUUCAACAUCCUCCCCGUUUCGUUCCGUAUCAGUUGAUCGUAAUUCGAGUGAUAAAGAAAAUACUUCACUGUUAUCAUUUUCAACAACAUCAUCAACAACAAUGACAAACACCAAUCCAACUACCGUUGCAGUGAUGAAUAAACGUAUACGAUCAUCUAAUCGUACUUCCAGUUCAACAGUAUUUGUGGAAAACAAACAUUUAGUUCCAACGAAAAGACAACGAAAUAAAUCUUCAACAUUGUCAUCCAAUAUAAAGAAAAAUAUUCAAAUGAAAGUAUCACCUCGAACAACAAAAUCAAAACAAAUAAUUGAUCAUGAUUAUCAUCGACAACAACACUCUUCACUUCGUAGAAAAACAAAAACAGCUACACCUACAUCGAAAGUAGAUAAACAGCAACCACCUCACAGUCGAAUAAUAAAUAAAAAGAAAUACGAUAAUAGUGACACUAAUCAAAAUUGGAUGAAAAUAUUAGGUUUCAAACCGGAUGAUCCUAGUUCACCAUCAUUAUCAAUUGAAGAACGGGUAAAAUUGAGACGUACAGCAUCAACACCUGCAGAACAAAAACCACCGAAAAAGUCAACACCGAUUGUAAAUCAUCGCCAUACUAGAUCAAGUGUUCUAUCAACGAAUGAUUUGCAGCAAGCAAAUAAAAACAGACAAAAACGAAAAAGUUCUACUGGUGAUUUUCAUUCUCAUUUGUCAAAAUCCAAUACGAGUGUUAAUCAAGAUUUAAAACAAAUUCGAAAAGCAAUGGCGAAUGUAACCGUUACACACCCAUCAAGUCAACAAUUGAAAAAACGAAAAUCAACACCAGUUGCUAUCGUAUCAACGACAUCAAUGACAGUAUCAUCUAAAAAACAACGAUCAACAGCAAGAAAAAAAAAUCUUCAUGAUGAACAAAUAGUUGUAGAAGAACCAUCAUCUCAUGCACAAGCAACAACAUCAACAAAAUUAUUUCUUAGUUCCGGACUUGAUUUAAAUAAUAUUAUACUUGGAAAUAGAGAAAGGCGUUCAGUUGGUAAUGGAAUCGAUUAA